AUGAGCUCACCGCCAACACUAGGCAACAUGUUGCCACUAGGACCCGACGCGUCCACACCUCCACCUGCCACGAAGAAGAAGAAACCUGGCCGCACUCCGAGUCUCAUCUGGCAGCUUCUGACUGACGAGCCGGACCCGCAACGUCGGAACUCGACAACCUGCAAGCACUGCAAGCAGACGGUGGCCUACUACAAGAAAUCGGAGCAAGCCAUUCGCCACCUCAAAAAAUGUGUGCGAUUCCAGGAGAUGCAGCACCAAUUCGCCUUCAUGAACCAAUUCUCGGACGUUUUGCCGCUCUAUAAUCAAAAGCUUAGUGCCAAAGUUCCCGCUUCAAAGCGAGCCAAGACGGAUCAGACCCAGGCGCAACGAGCUCAGAUGGAGGCGCUGCAAAUACAAGCCUCUGGAGCCCUGAGUAGCGCGCUGGACCAAGCAGCGGCACAUCAUGCACAAGUUAUGAACCAAAUCGCCAUGCAACAGAGUAUUCCCGAGAGUUUGAUGGACCCUACAACGAUGACUAUGACGCUGAAAGAUGAUGCUAAGGAGAAAGGAUCGAAGGAACGGAAAAACAAGAACGGACCACUGUCAAAGACUCAGAACGAUCGAUUUGAAGAGGAAUUGGCCAUGCACGUGUACGUCACGGGGAUGGCGUUUGACGCGUUGGAGGAGUCCCACUUAGCCAGAGCCAUGACAAUUUUACGACCCAAUUUGAAGCUCCCAGACAAGAAGAUAUUGGAGAACGACCUGAUGAUCCGAUGCUUUGAGAAAAUGCACAAACAAGUGUGGGGGUAUCUAUCCACAAGUCCAGCACGGGUGUGUCUGAAGAGAGACGCGUGGUCGAAUCUGAACUUGUACCAUACGAACAACCCAGAAGAAACGUAUGUGACGUAUAUGGCUGUGAAUAACGAGAAGAGGUUCUUCUUGGAGUCGGAAAAGGCAGCGGGGGAUGAAUCUCAGUACAACUCCAUCAUGAUUGCUCAAGAUCUGAAGCGCAUGAUGCAGCCCAUUGUCAGUAAUGUGAGUGGAGUGGUCACUGGAAGCACAGAGUAUCACUCGCGAGCGUGGGAUAUGCUCAAGGCAGAGUAUCCGACCAAAUUCUUUUACGGUUGUAUCUGCCACGCACUCCACUUGGCUAUUAUGGACAUCUUUGGUCCAGAGAAGUCAUUGGAUAAUGAUCCUAGACGACUGACGCCGCAAGUCCCAAUGGAUUUCCCGUUCCAAGAUCUCGUGGAGCUUACGAACAACUGUAAUGAAUUGUUGUCGUUCUGCAGUAGUUACCAGUACGCGCCGAAGUUUAAGAUGUUCGACUCGCAGCUGCUUCAUACGAUGAAGGGCUUUGCGAACGCGUCGCCCACGAUGGCGUGGGGCACACUAGCUGCUCGAUUCCGCGUGUUAAUGCAGUCGGAAGACGUCCUGCAGUCCAUUGUGAGUGAUCCCGACUUUCUGAACGAAUCACCGGCGAACCAACGUGCAGUACGGACGAGUAUCAAGGAGUUUGUAUUGAAUCUGAACUGGAAAUUGACGUUGGAGAAGGCUAUCACGAUCCUUACGCCCAUCGAGCUGAUUCUAUACAAGUUCCAGGAUGACCGAGCUCCGAUUUCUGAAGUUUACUUUGAGUCCAAGCACUUACUUACGGACUUUGACGCAGUUUUUGGUCUUAGUACAGUCGAGUUGGAAUACAUCAAAAAGGUGGUCACAGAGCGCUGGCAAUAUGUGCUAAGUGAGGCCCAUGGCUUGGCCUUUUUGCUAGAUCCACGAUACAUCGGCAAGUCCAUGACUAGAGACUAUCGCGAGCAGAUCGAGGAGCUAAUAUUUAACUUCCCCGAGACGGACCAGGACAUGGGAGUUAAUGAAGAGCGGAGACGAGCGAUGACGGAAGAAUAUACCGACUACGUUAUGUACGCUAAGAACCAGCGCAACAACCGCACGUACAAUGUGGCGUCGGAGAAAACACUAUGCAAGAGCACGCUGACGCAGUCCAGUCGCCGCAACAAGCUCAGCUUCGAUGAUAUGAGACGUCUAGCGUUCAUUUGCAUCAACGACUCGCAGUUCACGGGUAAUCGAGUGACUGGUGAAGUGCAGAGUAACGCGUUGCCGGAUUUCACUAUGGGGGAUACAGCGCUCUCGCCCGAUGGAAUGAUGAUGUGGAUGAUCUGA